AUGAAUCAGGAGUCCAUCACUACAGACACCACCUCGUUCGGCGAUCUUCCACCAGAGGUUCAUGAAAUGGUCGCGUCCCAUCUCAACUCAAACGACUUGCGUCUCAGUGUCCUCGUCUCCAAAUCCUGGAGAGCGAUUUUCCACCGCUACCUCUGGAGAUAUGUCGAGAUUAUGUUGGAUUUGGGCUCCGACAUUGAUCAUAAACGGGUCAACCUGCUGAAGGCCAAUUGCAACAGUUGA